AGGACUGUGAAUGAGCUGCUGAGGCGAACACUUCCAGCUCCUCAGGAGAGAAAUUAACCAAAACCUGCAGAGAAACACAGCAAGUUGAAUGAAUAUAAUUAGAUUAAAAAAUGCUUGUAGAGAGUGACAUGGAUUCCAGUGUAACGAAGCCGGAGAGCUUUUGGGAUAUCCUGCAGGAGAUGGAGUCAGCAUGGACCACCACUGUUCUGCUGGUUCCCUGUGUUGUCGUGCUUACAGCUGGAUUUUUCUACAUCUAUGGGAUGGUUGUCAGCCUGCUGUCCAAAACAUCAGUCAGGAAUAAGGUGGUGGUUCUGACUGAUGCUUUAUCAGGACUUGGAAAAGAAUGUGCGAGUGUGUUCCACAAAGGAGGAGCGAGGUUGAUCCUCUGUGGGAAAAACUGUGAGAAGCUUGAAGAACUUGCAGAUGAUUUGGCGAAUGCUUCAGAUCCCACAGUGACGUUUCCUAUUAAGCUGGUUCUACUGGAUUUUGGUGAAAUAGAGAGUUUACCUGAGGCCAUCGAGGAGAUCCUGGAAUGUUACGGUUAUCUGGAUAUUCUGAUCCUUAACAGCAGCAUGAAGGUCAAAGGUCCAGCACAGAGUCUGUCUCUGGAGAUGGACAAGCUGCUAAUGGACAACAACUACUUCGGCCCAGUCACACUGGCUAAAGGUGUCCUGCCCUCCAUGAUCUCCAGGAGAACGGGUCACCUGCUGCUGGUCAACAGCAUUCAAGGAAAACUGGCUGUACCCUUUCGGACCACAUAUUCAGCCUCCAAACAUGCGGUCCAGGCUUUCUUCGACUGUCUGAGGGCUGAAGUAGAAGAGUAUGGCAUCUCUGUCAGCACCAUCAAUCACACUUUCAUCAGCGGUUCAGCAGCAGACGCCGCUCCGUCCAAAUCCCUCUGGUCAUUGUUGUACACCAAGAAACCACUGGGCGUUUCUCCAGAUGAAGCAGCCACUGAGAUUGUGAAGACAUUAAACAACAAGAGGAAGGAGGUGGUAAUUGCUCCGUCGCUCCCUAAGGUGGCCAUUUAUGCCCGAUCCUUCUUCCCCAAUGUCUUUUUUGCAGUGAUGGCAGCUGGAGUGAAGAAUGCUGCAGCCUCUGAGAAGACACAGUGAAGCUGAAACAGAUUUAUUUUGAAUGACUUUUAAAGAUUUUUGUCUCAAAGGAACCUGAUGACAGGGAAGCAAAUGGGUGAAUGUAGAGAACGAUGACUGCAGAGUCUGGAAAUGAUGUUACUUAAUUCUUAAUUAUGUUGUUUGUCAGUUUUUCUCUGGUUUUCCAUUACAUCUUUUGAAUAAAUGUAUGAAAUGAUCCUCAGGUAUCAUGUAUGUAUAAAUUAUGAUUGCAGAUGAUGAUGUGCAGAGAACAGGUAGCCUGAACUGUUGUUUGUUAUAUUUACUGUAAUAAGGAAAUAAAUUAGUGACUAA